UAGCUACAUACCUUAAAUAAAAAUGCACUGAAUUAAAACCUUAAGCUAAAUUUCAGUAUUGAAAAACAAAAGAAUUUGGAAAAAAUAUGUGAAAUUUUCAUGGACUAUUAAUUUAAAGGUGCAAAGUGGAAGUAUGACGCAAAUACUUAAUAUAGACGACCUCAAAGAAGAGUACCUUAACUGUGACGUAUGUGGUGAUGAGUAUGACGAAGACAACCGAGAUCCGCGCGUGUUACCAUGCCUACACACUUUCUGUGGUAGAUGUCUGGAAGGCAUGGUAAGGGAUUGGACGCUCACAUGUCCAACAUGCCGCAUCAAACAUAACGUGCCAGGAGAUAGUGUCAAGAACUUCCCCAAAGAGCACACUCGGCGGAGUCUCCGAGAUUUCAUUCGUCUUAAGCGAAAGACCCAUAACAUACCCUGCAGAGAUUGUCCAGAUUCUAGCAAUGCUGUCUACUUCUGCAAGGAUUGCCAAACAUUUAUGUGUGCUGAAUGUACACAUGCUCAUCUUCGAAACUUCCUGUCAAGAAAUCACCAGAUUGCCAACUUUGAGCAACUUCGGAAGUAUGGCCUUGAAACGUUCCAAAGGGAGUUAACAUGUUCCGUUCCAGGUCAUGAAGGACAACCCCUGUCUCAUUUUUGUACAGCGAAAGUGUGCUCCAAACCGUUAUGCAAAAUGUGCACAGUUCUUGACCAUGACGAAUCAAAAGGCCACGUCAUUAAGAAAAUACAAGAUGUUUACGAAGAAGAAAGACAAAUCGUCAAUGAGCUAACUAAAAAACUUGAAGACAAGAUAUCGGUGGCAAGAAACGUAAUGAAGGAAGCUGAAGACGAACACUCAACACUUGCACAGAAAGAAGAUAUCAUGAAACAUGAGAUUGAUAUAGAAAUGGACGCUGGAAUAAAAAUGCUGGAAAUACGACGUAGGGAACUGAAGGACAAUCUAACUGGCAGAAUUAAAGAAAAGAAAUCAGUCCUUCAGAAACAGAGGGAUUACCUGAGAUAUUACGUUUCUCUAAUGGCCAGUGCAAGAGAGUUCUCCUCUCACAGUCUUGUUCAUAGUAUGCCAGCUGAGUUUGUGCAGCUUACUAAAACAAUCAGCAACAGGCUAGAUGAGCUUAAAGACCAACAUCUCGACGUUUGCCCGUUAGAAAACUCAUAUGUAACUUUUGAUAGAAACGCUAUGGGCCAGGAAUUCAAAAGUUUCGUUUUAGGUAUGGGACAAAUUCGUUCUACAGCCAUCUAUCCACCAAAAACAUCUGUCGAAACGUUAGAAGCUCCGCUAGGACAGGAAACUGAAGUAAUCAAAGUAUUCCUCUACGAUGCAAAGGGGCGACCACAGAGAGACAGUUUUGAUGCUAUAAGUGUUGAGAUUAAAGACCCUAAAGGAAAUGUUGUUCCGUCAAGAGUGGUUGAUGCAAAGACGGUAGACGGCUGCUACAAGAUUGUGUGUAAACCAGGUACACAUGGUACCCACAAAGCUAGAAUAAGGGUUCUCAAUCGUCCGGUAAAUGAAGAGGGCUUCCAGUUUGUUGUCCGUGCUCCUGGUGAAAUCGACAAGAGGUUUGGUGAUAUUUUAUGUGUUGGUUUCCUGUUUGAUGCGGAAACUGCCCAUCAUGAACGAGCCAUUUCAAUGGAUGGCAGAAAUAUGAGAUCUGAUAUAGAAACUCUACGCCGUGUUGCUGGGCUGAGGCUACGACAAAACCGCGGAAUUGCAAGAGGACGUCGCCGUUUCCCAUGGGAAUUAGAAUCGGCGAAACAGAUGAAGAUGAAAGAAAGGGACAUGGAUGACGAGGCUCAAACCAGCAUGAUAAAGAAAUCUGUGAAAAUGGACUCAAGAUUUACCAAGAAUAAAACACAAGAUAUCGAUGAGCUUGACAAGGAACGCAGGGAACGCAUGGAUUCAGAAAUGGAAGCUGGCUACGUGAAUACUGCAGAAGAUGACAGUAGAAAGGCUUUAUCUCGACCAGCAUUAUUGCCUGAAAAAUCAAUUUGGAACAAAAAAUUGAAGAAAUACUCUGGCGUCAUUGCAACAAAGUUCCUACGAGCUCCUGGAAAGUUUUACUGGGAAGUACAAGUGUUUUAUCGUAUCCACGUAACUCUGCUUAGAAACGCCCUUCUCUUUGAGAUCGGAAUAUCAAGACUUGACGCAGUUCAUAGCAGUUUCUAUGUAGGCAGCCAAACGUUUGCGUGGUCAUUCUCGGCUGAACGAUGUGGGGAGCAUAAACAGGUAUGUCACAAGUUCCGGCACAAGAGGCAGUUGUUGAAUCAUCAUCCAAUCACAAGCGACACUGCUGGUUCCACCCACCAUGCCACUUACGGAUUUUUAUUGGACACAACCAAACGUGAAUGGACAGUUAUUGACGUCAAUUUAAGAAAAACUUUGUUCAAUUUUCAAUCGAUUGAUACCACUGAGCCUCUAUGGCCCGUGUUUGGAACAUACAACCCCUAUUCUGUACACGUGGAGCUCACACUGAAGACAGGGCGAGAUAUUGUGUCUAUCCCUGAUAUACUCAGACCAGGAAGCGCCAAUAGUAAGACUCAGCCUAAAACGUCAAGGAAGAAAAAGCUGCCCUUUGAUGUCACUAAGUAGCUCUUUGAUGUCACUAAAUAGGAAUAAGACGACUGCAUUAAAAGUGACAUAAUGCUCAUUUUUUCGUUGUCAAACUGAGUUAAAUGGACUAUAUGUUUCAAAAGAUUGAAUGUUUUAAUAGUGAUUGACCAACUGUUGAUAUUGGAAAAUGUUAAGAAUAAAAUGUAAAUCUGCCUUGAAUAUGACAGGACCGUGCCACACUCUUUAUAAAAUAUUUUGAACUUUACAUGAUACAGAAAUUUUUCGGGUCUCUUGAGUUAUUCAUCAUUCGGGGGAAGUAUAUUAUAAAAUUGAAUGUCAUUAUGGCAAAAUGUUAAACUUAUUUUGACUUGCACAUGUUCACUAACUUUAUGCCCUUUAUUGUCACUUUAAUCAUACCUUUGUGUAUUUAAUUCAGACAUCUUUCUGCAAAAUGCUUGAUUCUAUAUGUAUAUGUAGUAUGUUUACAUUUUACCAUUACAAGCUCAAGUACAAUGUUGAUUUCCUUUGGCUGCUAGCGCUAUAAUUUUGUUUGUAUUGAACUGUGUUGAAUUAGAAAUAUCGCAAGAAACAGAGGUGAACUUUAAACUAUUUAGACAUCUUCCUUGGCAUUGUAGAUGCCAUUUUUCAGCUUUAGCGUGUGCUUUUAAAUGUGAUACAUUAUAUUUUCUGUGAUACCUUACUUUACAUCUAAUCUGUGAAUUAUUUACAUGAUUUUACUACAAAACAUAAAUGAACAUGAAUUUUUUUUUCAUGUUGUAUAUUUAAUUAUUUAUUUUUUCGAUAAGAGUUAUAAGAAUGUAUUUUUCGGUUUUUUUCUUCGUAUACAUCUAUUUUUUUAUUGCCAAAAUUGUAUGUUUUCAUUAAUUUUGAGUGCAGUGAAAUAAAAAAAUGU